AUCGGGGGACUAUUUUGUUUGAGUCUGGCAAAUAGAGAUGAUCUACUCAAGAGUACUGUUUGUCUUCACAAUAGCCUUUGUGCAGCUGCUAGGCAGUUUUGCAGAAGGAAAACCAUCCAACGAUGAGGUUGAAAAGAUAGAUUAUCUUAACCCUACUCUAACGAUUGACAACAAAAAAUUCGCGAGAUCCGAGUCCGACCGAUCGAAAAGCCUGGAAGAUCAAAUCCUGCAGCACCUUCAAGUACUAGGAAAUAUCUCUGCCAACUCCAUCACGAUCGUCAUCAACGUUUCGCCGGAUGUUUAUUGUGACCAACCUCAACCACCAACGGACUUGCCUCGGAGUUGUGCGGACAUUCCGGAUCAACCUUCAGGUGUCUACCAGAUCCGGCCGGAAGAUUCGUUGGAAACGCUGGAAGUAUUCUGCGAUCAGGAUCACGACGGAGGAGGCUGGACGGUUUUCCAGAAUCGAUUCGAUGGAUCGGAGAACUUUUUCCGUAGAUGGGACGACUACGAGCAAGGCUUCGGCGAUCUACGAGGAGAAUUUUGGCUGGGACUGAAACAUAUCCACGAAAUGGUUCGAACGAGACGACACGAGCUGCAUAUGGUUUUCGAGGAUUUCGAUGGAUUUGGUGACGUCCAGAAGUUUGAUGAUUUUCAAUUGGCUGGACCGGAAGAUGAUUAUAGACUCGUGAAGCUCGGCUCAUUCCAUGGAACCCUGGAAGAUGCACUGAGCUUUCAUGUGGGCUGGAAAUUUUCAACCGUUGACAAAGAUAACGACUACAGCUGUGCUUUGGAUAUGGGUGGGGCCUGGUGGUACAGUGUUUGUUACAAAAGUAACUUAAACGCAUAUUACUUGGGAAAAGGCGCACAACCGGCUUACUCUGGUAUGGUUACUACCGUUCUUGGUCCUUAUAAGCCACUCAGGAUUUCUCGAAUGAUGAUUCGACCAAAGAAGUAAGGAAUGGUUUGAAGCGAAAUAAAAAAAUAAAGUAAAGUAAACAUUUGAAAUUGAAUAUUUAUAAUAUGAAAGCAUUUGAGCAGUUAUACAAUUAGUACAUACAAAAAAAAAACAAAUUUUAGUAAGAAAUUUUCGAAAUGAAAUAAAGUUAUACAUUUGUUACACUUGAUCAUUGUGCGUGAGUCAUAAUAAGAGGGAAUAAAAUUAAGAAGAUAAUCUUUUCGGUCAAGUCGCAUUGGAGAAAAAUAGAAUUUUGGAACAAGAUGUUGUUUCACACAAGUCUUUUGAUGAUCGUAAGAUGAUGGGAGCUUCGAAAAAAUAUUAUCAAGAGUGUAUAAAAAUAUGUCGAACACAGCGCCAAAAUACAAUUUUACCCG